GGCAGCUUGCACCAGUCUCUCUCUCUGUGUCAAAAGCACCUUCUCCAACAUUUGCAAUGGGAGGGCAGGCCUGAGGGGCCUUCCAAUCCAGGGCUUGGAUUUUCUCUCCAGCUGCAGGCUUGGCGAGGGCUUUCAGCUCUUCUGCCCGCCCACCCCCCUCGGAGGAGGCAGGUUCGGUCCGAAACAUUGGGGAAUCGAUUUUGAAUCUUGCUGCUCCAUUUUGGAACGGAAAGGAUGCACCUGCUGUUCUCUGCAAAGCUUCUCGCACCAAAAGGCACUUGGGUUGGAGAAAGGGAGGACAUUCGGGGAUAGUGUGGUACCCAGCCUCUGCACAAUGUUUUAACAGCUGCUCAGAGACACAGAGAAAGAGAGAGAGAGGGAGUUGGUGGUGGUGACGCAGGAAGAACUAUCAGCCUUUGCGAUAAGCCACAGGAGAAGUAAACCUCUCAGAAUGCACUGACAUUCAUCAUUUUACUGACCCAUCAGCAGAUUGAUUCGUGCGACCGUGACUGUGAACAUGCAGAAGCCAUCCCAGACAUCACCGGGAAGUGUCGGGUCCAACCGGCCGUUGAGUGCUCCUGGAUCACCAGGUUCAACAAUAUGUGCCAAGAUGGAUAACCAGGUGUUGGCCUAUAAAGAUCUGGCUGCAAUCCCGAAAGACAAGGCAAUCCUGGAGAUUGAGCGGCCAGACCUGAUGAUCUAUGAACCGCAUUACAGUUACUUCUGUGCAGAGAGACCGGAGCCGGUGGGGUCUGCUGAGCGCUCGCAGUCACCACGUCCGAUGUCUCCUCUCACCUACCCUGAGUACAUGGUGUAUAAGGAGAGCCGGGAAUGGGCAGAUGGAAAGUCUCCGGGAUCCACGAUGGGAUCGGCCUGCAGUCGCCGUAGCUACCCGUCCACUGGGAGUCUCCCACACCACUUCCACAGGCCAGAUAUCGGCACCAAUAUGUACAGGAAGCGACCCAUCUACAAGCAGAAUGAACCAUCGACAGUGCUUCCACAGAGUAAAUACAUCGAGGAUCUCAUCAUUGAAUCAUCAAAGUUCCCGGCUGCCCAGCCCCCAGAUCCCAACCUCCCGGCGAAGAUUGAGACAGAAUACUGGCCUUGUCCUCCCUCGCUUGCUGUCGUAGAGAAAGAAUGGAGGAAAAGAUUCCCUUCGAAGGAGGAUGAAGAGGAUGAUGAGGAGGAGGAUGAUGAGAUGAAACAACUGCGUGAGAUUCAGAGGAAGGAGCUGAACAAGAUCCAGUCUGGACUGGGCAAAUUGAUCUUGAAGGAGGAGUUGGAGAAAUCCAAGCCGCGAGGGAGGAAAUCACGCUCACUUCCCGACCGAACCACAAGGAGUUUCUCUCCUCAACAGUCAACAUAUAAAUCACCCUCGCUCCCCAUCCAUGGCAGGAACAGUCUGGACAGGCUGCAGUCCGCAGACUUUGUUACACCUCAGAGACCAGAGAGAAGGAGCGUUGCUGCAGAUAUCCAGAAUGGUGAUCCGCAGUCAGGGAGGAUGGACAGAGGAACAUCUUUGCCCACAAUGUUGGAACAAAAGGUUUACCCAUAUGAAAUGCUGAAAGGAAGCAGGAGUAUGAAUCUGCCCCCGGGAGUGGACAGGCCCAGGCUGGAGAGACAUCUGUCCCCCGAGGAGUUCCAGGAGGUUUUCGGGAUGACAAUUAAAGAGUUUGAUAAGCUUCCCCAGUGGAAGAGGACUGAUCUGAAGAAGAAGGCUUGUCUCUUUUAAUGUGCUUGAAGGGUGGGAUGGAGAAUCCUGACGACUGGCUGCUUUGCUCAAUGGUUGUUGCUCUGAUAUAUCACUCACACACGACUCAACUUUCAAGCGUUUUUCCUUUCCACGUGUGUUUUUUUUUCUCUCCUCUUCUAUUUUAUGAGAUCUCCCCUCAAAUAUCCUGGGUUGGAAAGCCUGAUGAUCUCACGAUGGUAUUUUGGUUUGGUUUGGAUUGGCUGUGCUGCAUACAUCCCCCGAACCACAAGCCAAAAGCGAACUGCUACCGUGGUAAGCUCCACAUGUCUCCAAUCAGUCCCUGAUGUUUGAGUUGCAGAGCGGUUUGGCGUGUGAUCAGCCUUGCGUUCCUGGCGGAACAGGCUUCUGAAGGGCUGAAUGGCCAGUUCAUCUGCAGCACUGACACUUCAGCGUUGGUCCUCUUCAGACAUUUUGCUCAGCUCUGAGCCAGGAGCAAUCCAGAGUCUGUUUCCCCUCUGGACUGAAUCACUCAACAAACUGGGAAUGGGAAGCCGAACUUCCUUCUUCAGAUGUCAGACGGGAAAACUUGGAGUCCGAUGCUUUCACAUUUUGUGCACCUUUGACAAAUCCACUCUCAACAUCGAGAGACUCAGGCAAAGGGUCAAAGUCUGUCCGAUCCAGAUGUGGAAGAAGGGGGCAUGAAUUCAUCCAAAUAUCAAAACUAAUCUCUAUUUCAAAGAAAAAUCUAUUUAUUCUCUCCGCUGCUAUUGUUCUUAGUCCUGAGUGAACCAUGGUUAGCUGUAGGUCUGUGACUCUGAGGUGCAUGGCACACACCUCUGCUUCUGCUGUGCUACUGCACUCCCUGGAAGGACUGGAGACUGAGCGUGUUAUUCCAUUUGAGUGCCUCCUGUCACCCUGACAUUGACUUGCAAUGUUAUGGUCUGGACUGUUUCUGGAGUUGACGAAGAAAGUGUCGUUUGACUUCUUGGCCAAAUCAAAGGACAAGGUGGAGAGAUAAUGUCUCCCAGAACAUGCUCUGGUUUCUCCACUUGACCUGAACAACAGUGACAAGUCCUCAGGGUGUUGGUGAAUGGGCUCCUGAUCUGCCAUCACAUAAUUGGGUCCACGUAUCUAUCAAUGAUUAGUACACCCAAAACACAUUAGACCCAUCCACCCCUAAACUGCUUUGUAAUCACCCCCUGAGUACCUGUUAUAUAUCUUGUGUUUAAAAUAAAUACAAUUCUGUUUUAUAGCUUGAUGCCUUUCCUAACUAAGAUGACAGCCCUCUCCAUGGAUCAGGGGAUGAUGCAGUUGACAGUCAGACAAUGUGCCUCAGAAAUUGGAGGUACUGGCAAAUUGGACUGUCCUGACCCUAAAGUCCCUGUUAAUGUGGGGGGCAAACUUGAUAUAAUGGAGGAUGGGAUUCGUGCAGAGAAUCUUAGAAUCCCUACAGUGUGGAAGCAGGCCAUUCAGCCCAUCCUGGUCUUCCAGAAAGCUUCCCACCCAGACUCACCCUCCCCUUGUAACCCUGCAUUUCUCCAGGGCUAAUCCAUCUAGCCUGCGCACUAGGGGGUAACUUAGCAUGGUCAAUCCACCCGAACCUGCACAUCCUUGGAUUGUGGGAGGAAACUGGACGACCCAGAGGGGACGCGCACAGACACGGGUGGGGGGAGAAAUGGAAUCGAACCUGGGUCCCUGGCGCUGUGAGGCAGCAGUGCUAACCACGGAGCCACCAUGCUCUGACAAUAACAAUGUUCACAAAAGGUGAUAGUCAAAUGAGACGUUAGUUGGGCAGCAUUUAAAUGAGCACCCUGAAGAACACGCAUUUUUUUUUUCCCCUCUCCUGUGAAAAUGUAUUAUCUUUCACAAAUCACAAUUUUGCUUUGCUUUUGCUCCUGGUGUUCAGUUCAAGAUACACCACAAGGUACUCUGUAAAAACGCUUUAUUGUAAACCAAUUUCACAGCAGCCCCACCUGGAGCACCAACACCUUACGCGGGGCGUCGACAGUGCAGUUCUGGUUAAAGUGAAAGGGUCUGUGCAGUUCUGUGUAUUGUAUGUUGCACCACCGUCUCAGUCACCACAGGCUGCUGUGGUAACAUUACAACACUUGGCAGUAAUUGAAUAAAUCUGUAACAUGGCCUUCUCAAUAGAA